AUGGGGAUAAUGCCAUCUGUGGUCGCCACUGGAGGGAAAUCACCGAACUGGACUGUUAUCAUGUUGGUAGAGACAGUCUUCUGUUCAGAUUUUUUUUUAUUUCACUUAUGUUUGAGUUUGGCGCAGCUUGAGGAAGAGGAUUUGGAGAGGAAACUCAAGAAGGAACAGAAGGCUAAACUCAAAGAGGAAAAAAAACUGAAGGCUGCACAAAAAGCAGAAGCUGCCAAACUUCAGGCACAGAAAGCAACUGAGGGAUCGAAGAAAAGUGAAAAGAAGCUUCGGAAACGGGAAGCUGAUGAUGAGAAUCCUGAGGACUUUAUUGAUCCUGUGACUCCUGCUGGAGAGAAGAAACAACUCUCCCAUCAGAUGGCAAAGCAAUAUAGCCCUAGUGCAGUGGAAAAAUCAUGGUACUCGUGGUGGGAGAGAUCAGGAUUUUUCAUGGCAGAUUCUAGCUGCUCAAGACCUCCUUUUACAAUAGUCUUGCCUCCUCCAAAUGUAACUGUUGCUCUUCAUAUAGGCCAUGGUCUUACUGCUGCCAUACAGGACACAAUAAUCAGAUGGCGCAGAAUGUCAGGUGACAAUACAUUGUGGGUGCCGGGAAUGGACCAUGCAGGCAUUGCGACCCAGGUUGUUGUUGAGAAGAAGCUCAUGCGUGAAUCUAAGCUUACAAGGCAUGAUGUUGGACGUGAGAAAUUUAUCUCUGAAGUUUGGAAAUGGAAAAAUGAGUAUGGAGGUACCAUAUUGAACCAAGAACGUCGGCUUGGAGCUUCUCUUGAUUGGUCUCGUGAGUGUUUCACUAUGGAUGAGAAGAGAUGCAAGGCGGUAAUAGAGGCGUUUGUCCGGCUAUACCGUGAAGGUCUAAUUUAUAGGGAUCAUCGCCUUGUAAACUGGGAUUGCACAUUAAGAACAGCAAUAUCUGAUAUCGAGGUUGAUCAUCAUAAAUCAAAGAGGAGACUCUAUAAACUAUAUAGAGGUGCGCAGAAGAAUGACAUGAACCUUGGUAUAUGUUCGAGAAGUAAUGAUGUUGUGGAACCAAUGGUAAAACCUCAGUGGUUUGUUGAUUGUAAUAGCAUGGCAAAGGCAGCUCUUGAUGCCGUUAUAAGCAAAGAAGAGAAGAAAAUUGAGAUUAUCUCGAAGCAAUAUGAAGCUGAGUGGAAGAGAUGGCUAGAGAAUAUCCGAGAUUGGUGCAUUUCAAGACAACUUUGGUGGGGUCACCGAAUUCCUGCUUGGUAUGUAACACUGGAUGAUGACCAGCUUAGAGAUAUUGGUUCUUACAAUAAUCACUGGGUAGUUGGAAGGAAUGAAGAGGAAGCAAUUUCCGAGGCCAACCGCUUGUUCCCAGGAAAAAAGUUUGACAUUGUUCAAGACCCAGAUGUUUUAGAUACAUGGUUUUCAUCCGGUAUUUUCCCGUUAUCUGUACUCGGUUGGCCUGAUGUGACAGAAGAUUUUAAGACGUUCUAUCCGACAUCAGUUCUAGAAACUGGACAUGACAUCCUUUUCUUCUGGGUGGCCCGCAUGGUGAUGCUGGGCAUGAAACUAGGAGGCGAUGUGCCCUUUAGAAAGGGCUAUGAUAACACAAUUAGAAAUUCCAUACCAAUAUUUGUUUUUUUCGAGCAUUUAAUUGAUAAAGCGUUUGGUUUUUAUGAAAUAGUGGAAGAUAGCAGUAUAACUUUCAGAUAUUGCAGGUGGCUACCGCUGAUAUUUUGUGUUAAACAAGAAUACCAGAAAGGUAAGGAGGAUGGAUACACGAUGAAUCACGGAAAGCCUGAAUUGAUUGCAAUAAUUGCUAGGAAAGGACUGCCGAGUUGCAAUGAGCUCACUGCUUGA